GCCAAACACGAGCUGGGACAAGUUUUUAUAGAUCUGGGCGGCCGCUGAUGGCGGCGCAGUAAUAGAAAGUGGUAUUCAUGCCGAAACCUUUUCUGUUGAAUAGUCACGUACUCAAGGGUUCCAUUUACCAUUUGUCGGGAACGUCAACACGCAGGCAUGCUGGUCACCAGCCGGCUAGUGCUUUUACUUCAUAACACUCAUGACCAACGAACCGCGGGCGCAUUCCCCGCUAUCCAGAGUACGCGGAGUUCAUGAAGAGUGGAUGCAGAUCACAGAUUCGCUCCGCCGUAUAGGCAAUGAGUACAACCAAAUAGUUAUCGACUCAGUGGACAAAUCUAGAGCGCAUGAAAUUCGAGCUACGGAAUGGGAAGCCAGACAUCAUGAUGUUAUCACGGAGAACAACACCUUCAGAGCUCAUAACGAGGAAUUGAAACGUCUGCUCGAGCUCAGCAAGCCCGAUGUAAGCAGCGCGAUCGAGGGCAGAGACGCCGCAUAUCGUAAAUUGCGACAUGUACGGCGUGUAAUGCGCGAUCUCUUUGUAGACUUGCCGCCCGAUUUUGGAGAUAGCCCAAAUGAAGCCGCUUCACUGCUGUUGCAGGCAGAGCCCCAGCCACAAUACAAGGACAUUAGUGCCUCCUCGUCCCCUGGCCAAAGCCGCAGAAAUGACACGUCCUCUAACAGCUCUGGUUCUGGCGAUACUGCGCGCCCGAUAUCUAAGGGAAAGGAACGUAGUGCGCCCAGAACCUCGAUGACUGUGCCUAUUUCAUCUCCAACCUCAACUUCAUGUUCUCGCGCGUCAAGGACAAGAGGAAGCGGAGUUGUGUCUAAUCUCAGUAAUCAGCAGAGAUCAUCUGAAUCCAACAGCUCGUCCGAGCCUUCUGUGGAUUUGUCCGUACAUGCCGCGAAAAGGUCUUCUGGCGGUGUCGACGAUGUUUGGAAGCUGUCUUCAUCUCGCAGCCCCCGGUGUGCGGAAGUCAUUUGUCCUGUCGACAUGCAAUUUUUUCAGGACCAGCUAAACCUAGGUGAAGAUACGAUAUAUUCUCUAGAAAGCCUUGGACAGGCGGAUGAACAUUGUUUCCCUUUACAGAUUGUCGACAACAUGGCAUUUGUCCAUGAUCCGUUUUCGAUGGACGGACCAGGAGAAUCUUUCUUGAUGAACUGGGGCACCCCAGACGCCAACGAGACAGUCCAUGCGUACAUUGUCAAGAACCGUCCAAGAGACCGUGUUCUCCAUACGUUUACCUUUCCUGUGAAAAGGGGAGUUUGGUAUUAUAUUGGCGCCCACAAAUGGAAUGUAAAGGACCUUUUCGAGGUCUGGCCCACUUUGGGUGAUAAAGCUAAGGAAGUCGUUACCGGUAAACUGCAGAAACGUUGCAAUCGCAGACUCUCCCCGCAAGAAAUCGUUGAGAUGAUUCAAGAUGGGCGACUGCAGCAAUUCUGUGUUCAAGUGAGCAGUGGGUCAUUGAAGGACCUCAGUCGAGCAUUUGCGAAGACGAGCUUAGGUUAUGAAGGAAGGAGUGUUACCCAAUGAUCCUAAUGAUAUCGCAAUGUCUUUUUUCGUUGCCAUUUUUUUUAUACUUGGUGCACCGUUUGGUGAUGUGAUGGAGGACAGGAUUUGUACAAUAUAAUAUCGCCGUUUCGUUGCCAUGUUUUAUACUUGGUGUAACGGUGAUUUACAGCGGAGAACACCACGGAAGUCGGAACUGGAUUAUUAAUGAAUUACCAAAUUAGACGGGUA